AUGGCCGCGUCCACCCUGUCCGUCUGCUCUAGCGACCUGAGCUGCGGCAGCUGUGUCUGCCUGCCCGGCUCCUGGGACUCCUGCCCCGACUCCUCCUGGCAGGUGGACGACUGCCCAGAGAGCUGCUGCGAGCCCCCUUGCUGUGCCCCCCCCUGCUGCACCCCCAGCUGUUGCCAGUCCAGCGGCUGCACCCCGGCCUCCUGCCUGACCCUCAUCUGCACCCCCGUGAGCUGCGGGUCCAGCCCCUGCCAAUCAGCCUGCACCAGCUCCUGCGGGCCCUCCUGCUGCAGCUCCUCCCCCUGCCAGGAAGCCUGCGGUACAUCCGUCUGCUGCAAGCCCGUCUGCUGCACCCCUGCCUGCUGCAAGCCCCUCUGCUGCACCCCUGUCUGCUUCACCCCUGUCUGCUGCACCCCUGUCUGCUGCAAGCCCGUCGGCUGGGAGGCCUCCCCCUGCUCAGCCCCCUCCUGCUGCCGGCCCAGCCCCUGCUCCUCUUCCUGCUGCAGACCCUCCUCCUGCGUGUCCCUGCUCUGCCGGCCCAUGUGCAGGCCCACCUGCUGCGUGCCCGCCUCCUCCUGCCAGCCCAGCUGCUGCCGCCGGGCCUCCUGCGUGUCCCUGCUCUGCCGGCCCGUGGGCCCCCGCCAGGCCUGCUGCGUGCCCGCCUCGGCCCAGAAGUCCUGCUGCUGA